AUGUCAAAGUGCCAGGGGGAAAAAAAGUUUUUAUUCCAUUUAUACCUUCUACUCUUAUACUUUCCCUGAAAGGAACAGGUUCUGCGGCCGGGGGCCGUGCCUCUGCUCGGAACAGAGUUGUGCAGAGGCCCUCGUGGGUUUGGAACAGGCUGAGUCCUCAGGUCUUCUCGGUACUCAAAGUCCAAAUGGUGAGUGCCCUGUCACACUCUCAGGAUCAAAGGAUCUCAACGUGGGAACGGAAAUAUCACAGUCUGCCUUGCCCCCUGUUUUGAGCUGAAUGUCAUAACACUGUAAAUGAUGUGUUGGGGUACUGAGGGAACAGAUGACAUUGUUUUAAGGGGGUUUGUAGACCGGGACGGCCUGGAACUCACAGAAAGAAACGCUCGCCUCGCCCCCGGUCCUGGAACAAAGGCCUGUGCGGUCAUUCGUCAAAUGUCAUGGUUAGUUUUAAUUGUCAACUUGACACUGUCUUGAAUUGCCAGAGAGACUCCCUGAAGGGUUGUCUAGAUCAGGUUGGACUAUGGGCAGCUCUGUGGGAGACCUUCUUAACUGAGGUGGAGAAACGCAGUGCCGUUUUCACGUGCUGGACCCAGGGCGAGAGGGAGAGGAAACAACAAGCUUGGCGCCGGUGUGCGUCCACUCAGCACCCUCUGCUCCUGAUUACGGCGGAGCCUGCAUGACGAGCCUCCAGCUCCAGCCUUCCCAGACAUGAUGGACUGUGCUCGACCUAAUCUCCCUGGAAAAAGACAUGACUGUUUGCAAUGAUACAUCCUGACAAGAAGUUGCUACCAGAAAAGGAGAAGAAAUUAACAGCUAGUGAACAGAAUUUUAAACAACCAGGAUUUUGUAUUUAUCCAACUACAGACUUCUGUUGCCCACUUUUAAAUUAGCAGGAGUCCCAGAACUUGGACAAAGAUAUUUUCUUCUUUUUUUUCCCCUUGAGCGUGAGAAAACUGCAAUGUCUAGGAAACAAAGCCAGAAGGAUUCAUCAGGAUUCAUUUUUGAUUUGCAGUCCAAUACUGUACUGGCCCGGGGAGGCACUUUUGAGAACAUGAAGGAGAAGAUAAAUGCAGUGCGUGCAAUAGUUCCUAACAAGAGCAACAAUGAAAUCAUCCUGGUUUUGCAGCACUUUGAUAACUGUGUGGACAAAACAGUACAAGCAUUCAUGGAAGGUAGUGCCAGCGAAGUGCUCAAAGAAUGGAUAGUAAAAGGCAAGAAAAAGAACAAAAAGAAGAAAAGCAAACCAAAACCUGCGUCAGAAGCGAGUAGCAGCGUCCCAGACUCCAGUAAGUCUGUGCCCGUUCAAGAGGAGCAGCCUGCAUCCUCAGAGAAAGGAGACAUUAAUGGGUACCACAUUAAUGGUGCCAUCAACGACGCGGACUCUGCAGACUCGCUCAGUGAAGGUUUGGAGACACUUUCAAUAGAUGCCAGAGAACUGGAAGAUCCUGAGUUUGCCUCACCGGAUACACUGGAUAGAACUGGCUCCGUGCUGGAGAACGGGGUCUCUGAGCUUGAGCCCAGGACUACGCACUCUAUUCCGAAUGUCCAGCAAUCCCGGAACGCCGCCAAGUCUCUCUCCAGAGCUGCCACAGGAACUCAGGCUUCACAUCUGGGGAUGGAGAAUGUUCCACUCUCUUCCACCAAUAAAAAGCUAGGUUCUAAUAUUGAGAAGUCUGUGAAAGACCUCCAGCGCUGUACUGUGUCUCUUGCGCGGUACCGAGUUGUAGUUAAAGAAGAGAUGGAUGCAUCCAUCAAGAAGAUGAAGCAAGCUUUCGCUGAACUGCAGAGCUGUUUAAUGGACCGAGAAGUGGCAUUGCUUGCUGAAAUGGACAAAGUGAAGGCUGAAGCAAUGGAGAUCUUGCUCAGUCGGCAGAAGAAAGCAGAGCUUCUGAAGAAGAUGACGGACGUGGCCGUACGGAUGUCGGGGGAGCAGCUGGUUGAACUCCGGGCUGACAUCAAGCACUUUGUUAGUGAGCGGAAAUACGAUGAAGAUCUCGGGCGAGUAGCGCGCUUCACCUGUGAUGUGGAGACCCUGAAGCAGAGCAUCGACGCUUUCGGACAAGUGUCCCAUCCAAAGAACAGCUAUUCAACCAGAUCUCGCUGCAGCUCAGUGGUACCUGUGUCCUUGGGUGGCCCAAGUGAUGGCUCUGCUGCUUCCUCUUCCUCUGGUGCCUCUGCUCCCAGCCUUACAGGUGCUAACAAGAGAGGCUGUGCCCCGGGAGAGGCUUCUGCAGCCACGACCAACUCCAGUGAGCAGCCCUGCCAGGCCCGGCGGGAGGUGUUUUCAGGCAACAGGAGAGGAGGACAAGGCUACAGGCCACAAAGCCAAAAGACCACUGACCCCACAAGCCAAGGGCAGCCCGACAGUGUGGGUCGCUACAGAAACAGCUCACGGUACUCCUCUGGAUCCAGGCAUCAGAACACUCCACCUCAGGCCCCAGGAAACACUAGCGAAUGGAGCCAGGCUUACUCUGCAGGGACCAAUGGAACUGGAGCCAGCAUGGCACCUAGCCCACCCAAACCUUCGUUCAAAAGGGGGCUCCCCCAGCGCAAACCAAGGACCUCUCAGGCUGAAGCUGUGAACUCCUGAGGGGUUCCAGUGGGGCUCUCUCCUGUCUCAUCCAGCGCAAUCUAAUAACUGGACUUUAGGAAAGGUAUACUUAGAUUUAAUAACAAAAAGAAAUUUAUGCAUAUCACUUUGGGCCAUCCUAAAUAUUUUCAGUUUCUUCUCUCAUUAUUUUUUGAGGGAAAGCUUUCCUAGUGGUAUGGACUGACUCUGGUUGGUCGUUUUCACCAGGAACCAGGGCGACUAUUGCCAGUUUUCCCAAGUGUAAGCGACCUUCUUCCCAAUGCACAGUCUUCCAGCCGCCUGAAGAGGCCUUACUCAGCACGACGCGCCCCCCCCCCCUGCAGAGGCCGCCUCGGAGGCCACGUGCCAGCGCUAGUCCCUGUCCCAGCCGAAGCGAGGCCCGAGGCGCCUGCCAGCUUCCCCCUAGAUGACAGUUCGAGUAGGGCCGGCAAUGCAAGGAUUUUACACAGUGCCAGCUUAGCCAGAAAAGGGAAAUAGAUGUUGAUUAUGAACAAGGGAGAACACUAGAACGUGUUUGAGAGCCCGCCUCUACUUGGAACGAGCCUGAGAUUUGACCCUUGCGUUGGGGUCUCAGUUCCGUGCUUGGCACUGAACCUUAACCUGCGAUUUUUUUCCAAAUGCCCAAAGCCUGUUUCCUUUUUUAGGCUGCAACCCGGUCUAAGGAACUCUAUGGGAAAGUAGGAUUUUAAGCUUUUUAAAAGAAAAAAAAAAAUGUUUUUCUUUGUUGCAGUGUUUGGAGAUUUUGUUCUUUCUCUUUCCUGAAUCCUGUUAUAUGAACCAAAUUUAUAGUAAGAUAAUUAGUGUCGCUCUAUGGUGUUACCCCUCGCUUGUUGCCCCAUCUUCAUAGGAGAAUCAAUAAAGCAGCCGCGUCAGCGCUCCCAGGUGUCACAGCA